AUGAACUCGAUCGCAAGCCAGUUCUCUAAUUCUGCCAACUCGGUCCACAGGGAGUUCACCGAGGCCAGAGGAGGCGUGGUUAGCCCACCACAAUUGAGUUUGGCGCCAACCAUCCAAUUACCGCCCAUUUCACAACCUACCGACUUCUUGCGUGCACACACAGACGAUGCCACCAACCCAGACUGUAAAAUCAAGAUUGCUCAUGGUACGACUACGUUAGCUUUCAGAUUCCAGGGAGGUAUUGUAGUGGCGGUAGACUCCAGAGCCACUGCCGGCAAUUGGGUGGCCUCGCAGACCGUUAACAAAGUCAUUCGGAUCAAUCCAUUCUUGUUGGGUACCAUGGCUGGAGGUGCUGCUGAUUGUCAGUACUGGGAGACUUGGUUGGGUACUCAGUGUAGAUUACACGAGUUGAGAGAGAAGGAGAGAAUCUCGGUGGCUGCUGCAUCCAAGAUCUUGGGUAACUUGGUUUACCAAUACAAGGGAAUGGGAUUGUCUAUGGGAACUAUGGUGUGUGGAUACACCAAGAAGGAGGGCCCGACCAUAUACUAUGUUGACUCUGACGGAACUAGAAUGAAGGGGGACUUGUUCUGUGUGGGAUCUGGACAGACGUUUGCUUACGGUGUGUUAGACUCGGAGUACAAGUGGGACUUGAGCGUGGAAGAUGCUUUGUACUUGGGCAAGAGAAGUAUUUUGGCAGCCACCCAUAGAGAUGCAUACUCUGGAGGAUCCAUCAACUUGUACCAUGUUACGGAACAGGGAUGGGUUUACCAUGGUAACUACAAUGUUGGGGAUAUUUUCUAUGACAUCAAGAACCAGGAGGGUUCGUUCAACAAUGUUGACGGGUAG